AUGGCAUUCUCCAGUCCUUUGCUGGCACUUCUCGCCUUUUCCUUGCUCCCGGUGUCAACUCUGGCGCAGCAAAAUCCCGUAACCGACUUUUGCCGGCGUUUUGGGCACCAGACUGCCGUUGUCGAUAACAAGCUCUUCAUCGAUGGCGGUCUCAUAAAUUGGAACCCUCUCUCAACAUUUCCCUCCAACUACUCAAAUACAUGGCUGCUCUAUCAAGAUCUAUCUUCGUCUACGGCUUCGGGCAUGCCCCCGCUCUACGCCAACCUCUCCAAGAAUGGAUCUAUUCCUAACGUAGCCGGCGGUGCCCUUUGGUCUGACAAUGUCAACAAACGCCUCUAUCUGUUUGGCGGGGAGCGCAAUGCGGGAGAGUCCCCCAUGCCCUUUAAUCUAUAUGGCUAUGAUAUCCUAAAUAACCAAUGGGAUUCUUUCGGGCCAUCCCGCAUGGGGGCUUUGAUUUCCAAGGUGAGCUACGGUGCGGGAGUGUCUGUCGACACCCGCGGCGAGGCUUAUUACUAUGGCGGAUGGCUGAGUAACGCCUCCGUCUCUGGAUGGGGUACCAGUCCACGGGUAGCGACGACUGGCUUGGUGAGAUAUACCAUGGACACCAACAGCUUUUCCAACAGCACUGGUCCUGACAAUGUACGACGCGCCGAGGGCAGUCUGCAUUAUAUCCCCGCCGGAGACGGCGGAAUGCUCAUCUACUUUGGGGGUAUCCAGGAUUUGUCUGCCAACGGCAGUGCCGCGAUUGGCCAACCCAUGGACCAAAUAUUCAUAUACGAUGUGCUCAGCAGCAAGUGGUACACGCAGAAAGCUUCAGGCGAUAUUCCUGGAAUGCGGCGACGAUUCUGUGCGGGCGUGACUUGGGCGGGAGACCAGUCAUCCUACAACAUUUACAUGUACGGCGGCGCCAAUAUCCCAGGAGUACUUGGCGCAGGAUUCGACGACCUCUACAUCCUCUCGAUCCCGACCUUUACCUGGAUCAAGAUGUACCCCAUCGGCCGCAACGGGACAGGAGACUACCCCCACCACUCCCUGUCCUGCAACAUCGUCCCCGGCCGGGCGCAGAUGAUCAUCUCUGGAGGCACUUUCCCGCUCUCCCAAGACUGCGAUUCACCCGGGCAAUGGGGAACCCACAACGUGGACCUCGGAAAGCAGAAUGCUGGCAAAGUCGUCUGGGAUUUAUAUAAGCCCAACAAGACAACGUACGCUGUACCGGACGAGGUCAUUGCUGUUGUAGGCGGCAACGGCAAUGGUGGCGCCACAAAGACUGCGCCGGCGGCCGGUUUCGAUUACACCGACGUCAGCCUCCUCAUCACACUCACGGCCAGUAUCCCGAGCCGUACGCCAACAAGAGAUGUUGGCAGCUCCGGCGGCUCCACUCCCACAAGAAACCUUUCUACGGGUGCCAUUAUCGGCAUCGCGGUAGGGGCUGCAGUAUUGAUCGGCGCACUCGCCAUGGGAUGCUUCUUCUUGGUCCGUAAGCGCCGGUUAGAGCGAUUCCACACCGGGGCAUCACCGCCGGGACCAAGCCAUGUAUACCACGUCCAGAGCAUGUCGGAAGCGUGGUCGCCACCCGCAGCAUCGCCAUACUCGCCGCCAUAUGGCCCGUCUCCCUUCACGCCUCCUCCCCAUUCCGCAUAUCCGCAGUCACCGCAUCCAAUGUCCGCGCGCACGGUACCGCCGCACAUGGGGCCGCCGGUAGAACUGCCCUCAGAGCCGUCCUACACGACGACGACGCCGACGCCGGCGGCCCUGGCGAGGACGACGACCUUGACCAACAUCUCGUCGACGGCGUCGUACCCGCCGCAGCAGGCGUACUUCCCCGAGACAACAACGCUGCUGAACCAGCCGCAGUACGACGCCCACGGGAACAUGUGGAUGCCGCAGGUCAGCAUGGUGCAGGUCGCCACCGGGGUGAGCCCGCCGCUGCCCGAGUAUACGCCGGCGAGGGGCGACCAAAAGACACCGCAGCCGACGGCGGCCGAGGUGCGACACGAACCACCGCCGCAGGAGCCGCAGGAGCUCAGUGCGGACCCAGAUGACCGGGCGGAGAUGAGUUCGAGGCAGGAGCACCAGACAUACUACAACAGAUAG